CCUGGGUAAUCAAUAUGGCGGUCUCGUUGCUAACAUAAACAACAACUGACUUUCGACCUGGGAAAUGGUCAAACACAAAGUUACAGUGAAGUUUGGACCGUAUAUGUCAUGUGGAAUAGUUGAACAUCGAACUGCGCGUUUGGAGGGGCUUCAAGGUAAAUGAAAAGUUAAAAUGCCGUCAAAUUUCUUCGUUCAGCAGUUUUCUUAAUUUUAAACGAGUUGUACAACAUUUUGGUUUCACAGCGCUCUUGAGAAGCGAGGGACACACAGUAGAAUUUUUCAAAACUCGUGACAGAGAUGACGUUGAACUGGUAGUUCACGGGGAAAUAAUUUAUCGUUGUAAAAUUCAGACGCUUCAGUACGGUAGGUUUUCACCUUUUCCAACUAUGGUCAGUGAAGUACUCCCAAGUGACCAAGACAUAAUUUCUCCUAGUAAUGUCCAUGCCAUAUCAAGCAGAAGAAGUGAUGAGAACAAAGAAAAGGAUCAAAUACGGAAUAGUAAACUGAUUCAAUACCAAAUUCUCAGAUCAGACAUUAUUGGAAAUGUAUGGUAGACUUAAAAGAGAAUUACCUUCAAAUUCCUAGGGGUGGAGGGGUCAGGAAUGAUACUGAUGCAGGGUUAUUGAUACCAAAGAGGAAGAGAAAUAGAAAGCUACCAAGUUGACAAUCAGGAACAUGUACUGCUCUUUGGUCUUAAAAAGCUUCAUCAGUUUGAUAUUGGGAAAACAAACAGUGAUGAAUUAAAACUUAAAAAUGGGUCUCACUAACUUCCCUUCUGAUCUCAUAAUCUCGUUGGUCUUGCAAAGAGUCUCCCAAUCUCUUUUAUUUGUGCAUUUCUUACAGUGUAAUCCCAUUCACUCCCAAGAUCUAAUUAGUAAUUCUCCUUACUAUCUGUCAUACAGGUCUUGUAAUGUUAGUUUGAAGAAUAUUGUAUCAGACCAACCAAUAUUCCCCUUAUUGGUAUUUUUCUUUAUUCUCAUUACCAAGGUACUGCAGUGAUAUUGGGCAGAGAAAUUCUUUAUUGGUUCAUUAUAGGAGUUAAAUGUUUUAACCGCAAUUAGUAUUGACUGUGUUGCUAACACUGUCUUGUUCCCAUGACAAAUUUUAAAAUGUUGGUCUAGUAGUCUCGGCAAGUCCCAAUUUCAUCACCCACUGCCCCUCAAAUAUACUUUAGGCCUACAAGUUCCACUUGUUAAAAAGAUUGCACUACUUUUGCAAAACCACAAAUUUUAUUGAUACAAUGAGUGGUUAAGUAGUUUCCUAGUCAAGAGCAAUUUUCAACCACCUGGAUGAGAAUCUUAUUAACUAUUUUUAAACUUUGAUUUCAGGGGGUGAUGGAAAACUUGAUCCAAUAUGUAAAGAAGCCCUUGCAGCAGUCAACAAAGCCUACUAAAUGAAUCAUUAUCUGAAUUAUAUUUACCUGAUAAGAAGUACUUGACUUUUUACAAAAUUGAUGUUAAUAAUUCAGAAUUAACCCUCUGCCCCCUAAGAGUGGCUAGCUUUCUCCUUACAGUAUCAUCCCUGAAUCUCACAGGAAGGUCACAAAAAAAGAGGAAAUUAUCAUUAACUUAAGCUGCUCUUGAUUGUUAAACAAAUUCUCCUUGUCAGUAUCUUACAAAAUGUUUAAAGAAGAGUAUUGAGAAUAUGGAUACUGAUGUUAAGGUGUAGAGAUUUCAUUGUUAGAUUGAGAUUAGUAAUUUUUGUAUACUAUAGGCUGUU